AUGAAUCGAGACAAGGACACCCUGGAACGCAUGGGCCGGUACGUGGACGAGGAAUCUCAAGAACGCGGGGAGGAGAUCUCCUCGUUUGACGGCAUCAUGGAGGAAUACCUGGCGGACAUCGACUACGUGAUUGACGAACAGAAGGAAGCGCACUCCCAGUCACUUCGCCAAGAGGCAGAGCGACAGGCACGGGGUAGAGACAACUUCCGACAACAACUACAAGAGUACCAAACCGCGAGGGAAGAGAAACAAGCGGAGAUAGAAGAACUCAUGCAAAUAGUCAACACUCAAGUUGCCGCUCUGAGGUCGAAGGACGAGGCGCUGGACGCCCGCGUGGCAGCGCUACAAGCUCGGGUCCAGUCGUUGAUUGAAGAGGUUGCUGGUCUUGGUGAGCAGCUUGCAGAACAACGUUUACAGCUUGAGACACAGGAAGCCAUACUUAACGGAGAACAUCUCACAAACGUCCGAAACUCGUAUGAAACUCAUGUACAGCGACACGGUCAGAUCCAGCAACUGCUGGAAACCAUUCAAGCAACGGUCACGACGCUACACACAAGGAAACAGCAGCUGCAAAAUCAAACAACGAACAUCAAUGCAGAGAUCCAAGAUCAACAAUCUCGCCUGGACAACCAUGACCAACAACAGCAUUCAAUUGUGCAACAAGUGGAAGAUCUCGGUGACAGCUAUGAACAGCAGAGCAAUGCCAAAAGCCUGCGUUUGGAUGAUGUUGAAGCUACGCUGGAAAAUUUGGCUACGGAUACAGGAAUCGUUGACUCGGUGACACAAAUGCAGUACACGGUACAGGACAUACAGGCCAACAUCACAGUACUGUACUCCAAGGUUGAACAAAAUGAAAAUCUGACCCAAGAUAUCAUACAGCCACAACUCCGGAACGUUACAACUUCCUUCUUCCAGGGAACGAAUAAUUCCCUGCAGGAGUACAUGCAGACGCUUGAAACAUUUGACGAACACAUCCAGUCAUACAAUGAAACCUACCAAGAUCAAGUGUCAACUGAAGAAGCUCGCAUACAGACAAUAGAAACACAAAUGAAUGUCGAUUCAGAGCUUAUCACUGCUCUACGAAACACAAUCGACAGCCUCACAACAAACGUGGAAGGCGCUGAAGAACAGUUUUCCCAGUACACGAACUCGUCUGCCAUUUCGGAAGGUCUUGCCAGUGUGGAGCAAUUGAUUGAAGAUGUUGAAAACAGCCAAAGACCAAUAACUGCCCUGCAGCAAGAGCUCACUGAUUCGAGGUCAGCAACAGACCAGAGAUUCGGCGAGCUUGAAACAUCCAUUCAAGAUAAAGAGAGAGCCCUACAACAAGCACAGUCUGACCUCCAGGCGGCCGCCCAGAGCAUAGAAACAGCGUCUGUCGUAUCUGACAGCAUCGCCAGCAUAAAUGCACGAGUUAGUUCCAACACUCAAGGGUGUGACGAUCUUUCCUCGUCAGUUGAGGAGAUCGACUUAGAAUACCGUCCGGAUGUUCAGGCACAACACACGGCCCUCGAGCAACAGAUCGCCGCUGUUCCGUAUGACGAAGUGCAACGGGCGGUGGCCGCAGGGUUUCAGGGAGACAUACAGGACAUGGACAACAAACUCAACAACAUGGAGGGGUCGGUAGACGCGCUGGAGGCGAUGGCGCUGGCGUUUGGAACGUCAUCGGAGAGCACGUUUGAGUCGCUUCAAGUCGACUUGGACACCAUCACAACCCAGCUCUCCAACCACCAGAGCGCGAUUUACACGCUGCAGCGCGGUCAGACGGACGGACUGUCGGGAACAGUGACGACCUUGCAACAGACCGUCACAUCGCUAACAACCCGUUUUAGCGGCUUCAACACUGACCUGUCUACCAUCGAACGACUCAUCCAACAGGCAACCUCCGCGAACUCCGUUAAUCACUUCCUGACAAAAAUCGGAACACACACCAUGUUGCCGUCUGUAAGCUUCCUGGUGCUUCUGAUCGUCUGUGCUGUGCCGAACGGUGUACGGCCGCAAGAUUAUCUCUUGCAAAACCUCCAGGGGUCUAUCAUCAAGCUGGACAAUUUCUUCAUGGGUCUUGAGUCGCAGAGCAAGAGCUUUGAAGCGGCAUUUACAAGACUAAAGGUCAUUGAUGGCGCAAUCUCGAUGCAACACAUAACGAUAAAAAAUGUACGGGGAGGCCUCGACGAUAUGAAUCUCCAGUUGACGGCGAUGGGGGAGACGUUUGGCAACGUCAACGGCAGCAUGAAUCGAGACAAGGACACCCUGGAACGCAUGGGCCGGUACGUGGAGGAAGAAUCUCAAGAACGCGGGGAGGAGAUCUCCUCGUUUGACGGCAUCAUGGAGGAAUACCUGGCGGACAUCGACUACGUGAUUGACGAACAGAAGGAAGCGCAUUCCCAGUCACUGCGCCAAGAGGCAGAGCGACAGGCACGGGGUAGAGACAACUUCCGACAACAACUACAAGAGUACCAAAGCGCGAGGGAAGAGAAACAAGCGGAGAUUGAAGAACUCAUGCAAAUAGUCAACUCGCAAGUUGCCGCCCUGAGGUCCAAGGACGAGGCGCUGGACGCCCGCGUGGCAGCGCUACAAGCUCGGGUCCAGUCGUUGAUUAACGAGGUUGCUGGUCUCGGUGAGCAGCUUUCAGGACAACGUUUACAGCUUGAGACACAGGAAGCCAUACUUAACGGAGAACAUCUGACGAACGUCCGAAACUCGUAUGAAACUCAUGUACAGCGACACGGUCAGAUUCAGCAACUGCUGGAAACCAUUCAAGCAACGGUCACGGCUCUACACACCAGGAAACGGCAGCUGCAAAAUCAAACAACGAACAUCAAUGCACAGAUCCAAGAUCAACAAUCUCGCCUGGACAACCAUGACCAACAACAGCACUCAAUUGUGCAACAAGUGGAAGAUCUCGGUGACAACUAUGAGCAGCAGAGCAAUGCCAAAAGCCUGCGUUUAGAUGAUGUGGAAGCUACGCUGGAAAAUUUGGCUACGGAUACAGGAAUCGUUGACUCGGUGACACAAAUGCAGUACACGGUACAGGACAUACAGGCCAACAUCACAGUACUGCACUCCAAGGUUGAACAAAAUGAAAAUCUGACCCAAGAUAUCAUACAGCCACAACUCCGGAACGUCACAACUUCCUUCUUCCAGGGAACGAAUAAUUCCCUGCAGGAGUACAUGCGGACGCUGGAAACAUUUGACGAACACAUCCAGUCAUACAAUGAAACCUACCAAGAUCAAGUGUCAACUGAAGAAGCUCGCAUACAGACAAUAGAAACACAAAUGAAUGUCGAUUCAGAGCUUAUCACUGCUCUACGAAACACAAUCGACAGCCUCACAACAAACGUGGAAGGCGCUGAAGAACAGUUUUCCCAGUACACGAACUCGUCUGCCAUUUCGGAAGGUCUUGCCAGUGUGGAGCAAUUGAUUGAAGAUGUUGAAAACAGCCAAAGACCAAUAACUGCCGUGCAGCAAGAGCUCACUGAUUCGAGGUCAGCAACAGACCAGAGAUUUGGCGAGAUUGAAACAUCCAUUCAAGAUAAAGAGAGAGCCCUACAACAAGCACAGUCUGACCUCCAGGCAGCCGCCCAGAGCAUAGAAACAGCGUCUGUCGUAUCUGACAGCAUCGCCAGCAUAAAUGCACGAGUUAGUUCCAACACUCAAGGGUGUGACGAUCUUUCCUCGUCAGUUGAGGAGAUCGACUUAGAAUACCGUCCGGAUGUUCAGGCACAACACACGGCUCUCGAGCAACAGAUCGCCGCUGUUCCGUAUGACGAAGUGCAACGGGCGGUGGCCGCAGGGUUUCAGGGAGACAUACAGGACAUGGAUAACAAACUCAACAACAUGGAGGGGUCGGUAGACGCGCUGGAGGCGAUGGCGCUGGCGUUUGGAACGUCAUCGGAGAGCACGUUUGAGUCGCUUCAAGUCGACUUGGACACCAUCACAACCCAGCUCUCCAACCACCAGAGCGCCAUUUACACGCUGCAGCGCGGUCAGACGGACGGACUGUCGGGAACAGUGACGACUUUGCAACAGACCGUCACGUCGCUAACAACCCGUUUUAGCGGCUUCAACACUGAACUGUCUACCAUCGAACGACAGAUCCAACAAGCAACUUCCGCGAACGCCGUUAAUCACUUCUUACCAUUCAACAUCGUGCUUGAUUUACAGAUGAAAAAGGAACUUGGACACUUCCGGAGAUGA